AAUAAAAUGGCAAAAUAAGAAUCAAAAAAUAAUAAAAGAGAUCGCAGUCCUGUUGCAGUAUCUAAAUUUUAUAUAUUAAGGAAAUGAAAAUUUGGUAAGAAGCAGUAAGAAAAGAGAAUUAACAUUUGAAAGUUUAUGAACAUUUUACUAUUAACCCACACAAAUGUAUGUGCAACUGUUAAUUCUAAAAUUAGUAUACAUUAUCCAAGAGAAACCUAACAAUAGCAUUAUGUUAUAGAAACAUCUUGAAAAGACAGGAGCCGUUACAAAACCAGCAUUUGAUGUUAACCAAAUUACUGAUGAUUCACCUCCUUUAGAAAGUAAUGAAAAUCAAUAUUUUAGAGGAAAUUAUUGAUAAAUUAAAUACAAUGAAUAGAAUUCCACGUUAGAAAUACUAAUUUCCUUAAACUUCUAAUUAAGAGCUAGGAUGGCAUUCUAAUGUACAAUUUAUUAUUUUUAAUUAGAAUUCUCACAGUCUUUCUCCAUCCAAAUUUACAUACCCUAGAAAAUUAUGCAAAGAAACAAAUUAUGCAAAUGAUUAUUUCACUAUGAAUAAAAUCAGUCCUUAUUCCAAUAAAUUUAAGUGAAACA